CUUCCCACUUCUCCUUCGUUGCCCACCUCACUUCAUUUGGUAUCAUCUUGUCAUUGCCUCAUUGCUCUACCCAGUACACAAACAAGUCACUCAUUGCACCUCCUCGAGUCUCACAUCGCCGACGCCCUUUCCUUUCCUUUCUCACCCCUUGCUGCCAGCCAUGAAGCCCUUCAACGCCGGACCAUCCCACACCUCCCGCGACCUAAUCGGGUACGGCUCUUCCCCUCCCUCCUUCACUUGGCCCAACGGCGCCCGUCUCGCCAUCUCCUUUGUCCUCAACUAUGAAGAGGGAGCAGAGAAUACCCUUCUCAAUGGAGAUGAAGCUGCCGAGGGAUUCCUUACCGAAAAUGGUCUUGGAGCUUCUGUAGGAGGACCUUUGAAGGAGAGGGAAUUGAGUAGGGAGAGCACUUAUGCGUAUGGGAGUCGAGUAGGCUUUUGGCGUAUCUUGGGUUUGUUUAAAAAGCAUGGUCUUACAUUUACGAGCUGGGCGGUAGGGAAAGCGGUUGAGCUCAACCCGGCAGUGGUAGAGGCAAUGGAGGGUGCAGGGUGCGAAGUAGCCUCGCAUGCCUACCGGUGGAUCAACUAUGCUUCCCUUUCCCCCUCAACGGAGCAACAGCACAUCCGUCAAGCCUACGAAGCAAUUCAGAAGGCUUCUCCUUCCAGUACACCACCCUUGGGAUGGUACACGGGACGAGUAUCGAUGCAUACUCGUCGACUGGUGUAUGAGCACUAUAAGUCACAGGGUUUGCUGGAGAAGUACUACGACUCGGACGCCUACGAUGAUGAUCUUCCCUACUACCUCUCACCUCCCGUCGAGAAUCCAAAGGAAGGAGAAGACAAACCUGUGCUCAUCGUGCCUUACACUCUCGAGGUCAACGACAUGAAGUUCGCUAUUGCCCCCGGGUUCAGCUCCGGAGUAGACUUUGGUGCCUACCUCCAGGCUACACUGGAUACGCUCCUGGCUGAAGCAGAGGAAGAGGGCAAGUCGGCAAUGAUGACCGUUGGACUGCAUUGUAGGAUCAGUGGUAGACCGGGGAGAUUUGGAGCGGUCAAGGAUAUGGUGGAGAGGGUGGAGAAGCUGCACAAGGAGGGGAAGGUGUGGUGUGCGAAUAGGGGGGAGAUUGCUGCAUUCUGGAGGGAGAAGUUUCCACCGCAGGGAUUAUAGAGGUGCGCAGACUCGAGCACUUUGCGGCUCUAGAACACUUCGUAGGGAAAUGCAUAUUGUACAUGGAGUGAAGGAGGGAAUACUAGAGUACAUCAGCAGUCA